AUGUCGUCGCAAAAGAACACAAAAAUAAGUAUUGAUAAAGAUGCCAGUGAUAAUUUUCUCUUCGAUAUUUCUAAAAUGAUGAAGCAGUUCUACGAAACUCCGGUAAUAUUUCUUACCAAAAAUGAUUACUCAGACAGUAUUUUCAAUACUAUGUGUGCUAUGCGAUCUGCUUUACAAGAGGAAACGAAAUCCCAAAUUAUUGAUAUCAUUGUAGAUUUUCACUUAAACUGGCUUCAUGUAGUGAAUGAAAUUGAAAAUUAUACAAAACGUUUAAAUGAUUUACCAAGGGAAGAAAUUUACCAAGCGAUAAGUUAUACCAUUGAUGCAAUGGGUUAUCGACUAAAUUAUUAUCAAAAAUAUAUGAAUAAAUAUAAACCAACCUUAUCUAAUGAAUUGCAAGCGAAUUUAAUUGCUGAAAUGGAAAUAGUUGAUGAAAUGCACAAAGAAAUUACAAAGAUACUAUUAGACCAGCUAAAAUGUUUCAGGAAUUUUUCUGGCGAUGAGGAGUUUCGAGUGAAGGUAUCUAGUGCCCUCGAGGAUCUAUUAAAUUGGAUAGACAAAAUAACUGAUGGUUUAGCUAUGGACCUAAGUAAAUAUAUAAACAUAAAUGUACCUCAUUUGAGUGGUGAUCUAACAAAAACCUUACAACAAAUCGUGGAUGAUCUGCAUACAUCAAAAUCGCCAAGUGCUCAAAAAAUGUUAGAAAACUUAAGAGACAAGGGUAAAGAAUUGGGUGCAAUGAUUCGAUGCACUGCCACUCAUGAUUUAGAAAUUUGUAAAGUUUAUGAGAAAGUGAAUAUAUUAGAAGAUCGUAUUCAAAGAUUGGAAGCUGAACCAACGUCUGCUGCGAGGAUGGCGUUGAUACACAAAAAAGAGUAUUUAGAAAAUCGUUUGAACGAUCUUGAAACAUUAAAAACAACUUUAAAACAGAUGCAACAGUUGACGGAUGUACAUUUAGAAUCAGUAACUGAUAAUGAACUAUGUGUUUGUGAAGAUUUUUAUCAAUUUAGGAUUUUUAAUCAUGACUUACAGCCCGAAGAUCGUGAGCACUUAGUAACUGAGCUGUGCUAUUUAUGGGAUAUUGCUGUGUUUGGAGAGCGUAGUCAUAAAUCUAUUAUCUCAAUUUUAAGUGCUGCUGAUAUAAAAGAAGAAUAUACCGAUGAGUUAGGCACGUUUUAUAUUGAUCAGCACAGUAGAAAAAUUUAUAAGCUACCUGACGAUGAAAUUCACUACCAACCAAAUGAACGAGGUGAACUUGUACCACUAAGUGACGAUUCUGAACACGUUUAUUUCUAUGAUGAGUGUGGAAGGUAUUUUGUAGAUCCAAAAACGAGACAAAGAGUUUACAAAGCUCACGCAACGGCAAGUGAGUAUAUGAUGGAUAGCAGUGGUAUUCUCCUUAAAGUUAAAGAAGAACGGGAUGGUGUGAUUUAUUAUUAUGAUAAUUACGGUAGAUAUUACAUAAAUAGCGAUGGAAAGCAUAUUUAUAGAGAUGAAGACACAGUAAGUGAAUAUGAAAACGAUGGUUUUGGAAAUCUAGUUCGAAUUCGUAGUCACUUGGAUAUGUUUGAUCUUUGUCCAGGUGACGCUAAUGUGACUGAGGAUUUUAAAUACUUAAAAUUAAAUGUUGGUAAAGCUUUACAAGUAUGCAUCGCUGACGUUAUUUUACAUCAACCAGCGGAUCCUAUUAAAUAUUUAUCCGCACGUCUUAUAAAAUAUAGAGAAAAUAUUGAAAUACGAGAAAAACGUGCUAGAGAAAAAGAAGAAUUGGAUGUCGAAAGAGAAAUAAGAAUAGCGGAAGAACGAGCUGAAGUUGAACGUGCUGCUAAAGAAGCUGCUGCAUUGCUAUCACAAGGGGGAAGCGAAGCUACCUAUGAUUCAAAUCUCUAUAAAUAUAAUUCAAUGCAUCCAGAUGAUGUAGAUUCAGUAAAUGCGAGUUCCACACAUUAA